CGGAUCCGGCCAGCCUCGUCUUGUCACAAGAAUCACGCGAACGUCUGCAGAAAACUUUGCCUUUCUUCGUUUGGCUUGAUUUCUACAGUUAAGUAGUACCCUCGAUAAAGAUGUAUCAAGAAUUAACUUUGCAGCUCAUCUUAGCUUAGACCAAACAGCGGCAAGAUAGAUAUGAAAUAUGUCGCGCCAAGAGUACUCUUUGGAAGAGCUUAAUUAUUUCCGUAUUUGUUACAUCACUACGAAACUCGUACGGGAUGGCCUGCAAUCAGUUUUCAAACAAGAAUGGAAUAGAUUGUAUGGAAGAAGGCGAGGACAAUGGCUUGACACUCCCAGUAAUGGAAUGGAUUUUUUCAACAUGGAAUCGCGAAAAAGCCGGAAGAGAAACUAUAGGCUUCUGAACAGUAUUAAAUAUGGAGACAGUGAUAACUGGGAUUGUACAUGCCUUUUCUUUGCGAUUCUCUUUUCCGAUUCCCUUGGUGGACAUCUGUUACAUGUAAGUCCUACUGUCCACAGUAAUGUUAACGAUUUGCGAGAAUUCCGCAAUGGGUUUUGUGCACAUCUUUCCCAACCAAGUGUUUUAGAAUCAGACUUUCAGGCCAAUGUUCAGAAGGUCACAAAUGCAUUCAUAGCUCUAAAUCUCGACACAAAUGAACUGCAAACAAUUGUCAAUCAACGGAACUUUCCCACGGGUGAGCUUCAAACACUCCAAGUGCAAAUAGCCGUCUUAGAAAAGGAAAUUCAGGGUAAGCCCAAAAACUUCGUAUUUCUUCCCCCCAAGCCAUCGCACAAGGUCAUUGAAAGGAGAGCUUAAGGUGAAGAAAUCAUGCAGACGUUUUCUGACCUCCAAAAUGAAAAUGACGAUGAUUUUGUUGUAACAGUGUUUAUCACCGGAAAUCCAGGAAGUGGCAAAAGUCAGAUUGCCCGUCAAGUUGGAAGAAAAUUUGCCGAUGAGAACCCGGAUAGCAACUCAUUUGUCAUGACAUUGGAUGCUGAAAGCGAAGAAACUUUGUUUGAAUCGUACAAGAGAUUUUCCCGUGAGCUUGGAAUCACAGAAUACUCUCUAGGUAAUAUCGUAGGAGGCGAUUCCAAAUUGACGAAGAAAGAACAAAUCACGCAUCUGAAAAGCUUUGCAUUUUCCAAGGUACGAGAGUAUUCCACCUGGCUGCUCAUAUUGGAUAACGUCGACGAAAGUGAGAGCUUAUGCCGCUUCUUGUCAGAGAAAGAAGAGCGUGGAGGUUGUGGACAGGUACUCGUUACCACACAAGAGAGCAUCUAUCUACCAUUUGGUGACCCUUCAUGCAAAGAAGUUUCCCUCAGUGAAGGAAUGCAAGUGAAUGACGCCCUGAAUCUUCUCAGGAGUAUCUCCCAGUUUUCACCUGGUGACGAUGAAGAAGAACAUCUAGUAUUAGAGGCCUUAGAUUACCAGCCUUUGGCCAUUGCUUCGGCAGCACUGUAUGUUCGAUUCCUGCACGACGGAGCAAGAACCCAAAUUGGUUCUGCGAGUUUCACGUGGAGAAGCUACGUCAAGAAACUGGACAAGGGAAAGAGAAAGGCUAUGGAAAAGAUCUACGAAAAGACGAACAUGAAUUAUCCGCAGUCAAUGACUUCAGCUGUGUCAUUGACACUGCAAAAACUUGUCAAGAAUGCAGUUUUUGAGCGUGUGUUCCAUUUCCUAGCUUUCAGUUCACCAGCACCAAUCGCACUUGAUGUAAUUGUCAAAUAUGUGACGGAAAUGGAACCGGAUAUCGACGAGUUACUCACAGCAGCAGAAAUCUCCAAAUGCUGUCUGCUUGUCCCAGACGCGGAUAAUCCUGCCCUUGUUAGAGUGCACCGGGUCGUACAUGACGUAACAAAAAGUCUUUUCAUCGAGAAGAACACCACGGAUAAAGUCUUUGAGAUUGUUCAGUCAUACAUCGAGACAGUAUCGCCGUUUGUCCAACAUGACACCCUAGAAUUUGAUCUCCAGUUUCACCUCUUCUCUAACAUGAUUGCACCCCAUUUAAGAGUGUUCAGCAGCCACUUGGAGACGUCAAAUUGGGUAUCGCACGUGACAAGACGUGAAAGUCUAAAUGAAGCCAAAAAAGUAAUUUUCAGCAUGGGUGACAUUUGCAGCAAACAAGGUUAUCUACCAGAAGCGAUGAAAUACUUUGAAUGUGCUCUCGAAAUUACCAGUGGUAAAGAAGAAGAGAACGAUGACGACAAAGCCUUUAUUGCCGAGAUUCUAGACAAUACAGGUGUCGUCUUCUUGAAACAAGGAAUGUUUCAAGAGGCUAAAGAACACCAUCAGCGUGCGCUGAAUCGUCUCGGCUACAAACCUCUAAAUCCAGGCCAAACGUCGAGUCGGGAAGUUGCGGAUUCUUUAAACAAACUGGGAAAUGUGUUCUAUACACUAAGCCACUUUGGAAAUGCCAAAGAUUACUUCAUCAGGUCACUAAAAAUGAGGGAAGAGUUUUGCGGUGAAGAGGAUAUUGCUGUUGCUUCCUCUCUAAACAAUCUUGGAUCCAUCUACAGCGUCUUGGGCGAGAACCACAUUGCAAAGGAUUACUACCAAAGAUCACUUGCCUUAGCGAAAAAACGUUUCGGGGAAACCCACCCCCAGGUUGCCAAUUGCUUAAACAAUCUUGGAAUUGUGCAUUGUGAACUAGAUGAAACCAGAGAAGCGGAAGAAUAUCUCGAGGAAGCGUUUGAAAUGAGAAAGAAACUGUACCAGCCCAAUCACCUUGUGAUCUCUGAAUCCUACAACAACCUAGGGCUGAUGUAUAGGCGUGCAGGUCAAUCUGAAAAGGCAAUGGAUUGCUUUAAAACUGCAUUAUCUAUUAGAGAAAGGGUGCUAGAUCAGGAACAUCCCGCGAUAGCAGAAGCACUGAGUAAUCUAGGACAGGUUUACAUGGAUCUUGGAGACUUGAAGGAAUCUAAAAAUUGUCACUUCCGAGCAAUGGACAUUCGGAUGGAGAAAUUGGAAAGUGAUCAUUCUGAAGUGGGUGACUCGAUGCUGAAUCUUGGAAUGGUAUUUGAACAAUGCGGGGAGCUCUGUCUGGCAGCUCAUCAUUAUCGUCGAGGCUUUGAAAUCUACACCAAGCAUUACCCACUGAGUCAUCACCUAUGCCAGACAGCUGAGGAAUGUUUAAAACGUGUCUCACAAAGAGCAGAUCUAAAUGAUCCCAGUUUGAACAGACCCGACAACUUUAAAGCUCGCAUUUGGUCAUCAAUGAAGAAGAGUUUAAGGCGAUCGAUGAUCUUGGACUAUCCUUUAGCCGGAUCGCACUAUAACAGAAUGAUACAGAAUUCGAACAAUUCUCUCUUUGGAUCCCUGAGUUUAGACGAUCACCUUUUAUUUAUAAUUGCUGCCCUGUUAGGGCAAUAUGUAGAAUGCAAACAGGACGAGAAUAGUGGAUUUUUAAGUCCCUCAUUGGAGGUGAUACCCUACCUUGUUUGCCUUACAGUAGCAUUAAGGGCAAUUGAAGCAGAAUAUGCGUUUUCUGAUUUUAGUUUACACCGUGAACUUGUAUUUCUUGGUUUUCUAUACCUGUUGGCAUAUUUUCUUCAAUCAUAUCUUUAGUUUUAAUAAGUUAAACAUCAAUUGCAUUGCAAAAAAUCGGUAUAAAUCAGAGUUUGAGCUGAAAGAUCACUGCAACAGUGACUGUAUUAUUGACAAAGUCACAUCCAUUCUAAAAUUUUAAACUUGAGAAAUCAUUCUGAUCAAAUUAUCUUAACCUUUUACUUCAAUUAUAACAUAGAGGGCAUUAUCAAAUGCUGAUUAUUAGCAAAGACAAAAGCCAGUUUUUCAUUAAUUUUGUUUAUUGCCUUAGGAAACAUUACUGGUACUUGGAAUUGAAAAAAAUUAAAAAUCGAGUCAACUCUACCUAAUUCCAAUGCUUGGUCCAUAUUGUACAAAAAUAACAUUUUAUUCAUCUAUCUGUGCAUUUUUUAGUUCACUGAUGCUAACUGAAAAUGGCUUCCUUUGAAAGUGUGCAACAGCACGUGCUUUUUAACUUCUUUAUCAUAUAAGGGGCAAAAUUACUGAAUUGUGAUUGGUCAAGACAGAGGGCAUUUUUUCUUAAUUUUUGUAAU